GGUGUAUUUUAAGUUUCGAGUAAGCAAACAAGGUUUAGUGCCGACGUCGCAGGCCUGUAGUGGGGAAUUUCUGGAAUUGAUUGGAUCCGUUGGUGGAUACAUUAUUGAUUUGACGUUUGGUUCCUUUUUCCGUAUCAUGCUGCAGUUUUGUCAAUGAUUUUCUCUUUCAUUACGAGUGCGGAUUAACGAAUAUUUAUUGUGAAUCGCGCAUAAUAAAAAUUUGCCUUGUGUUGGUUUUUGCGCUGUUGGAUUCCGAUUCCUGCAUUAGAAUGUUUUUUUAUAUUGGAAUUCUGAGUAGAAAUAAUUCCAGCACCUCUAAGCCUUUUUAUUUUUCUAAUUUGGAAAAGAAAUAUGUUGAAGUUUCAUUGUUGUUUUUUCACAUAAUGAAUCCUUCUUUUGUUGGUUGAUGCUUAGCAUUUUCCAUUUUGAGUUGUUCCAGGCAGCAAACAAUUUUACACUUUAACAAGCGAGCUUCUGGAAUGCAGCAUUAUAUGUCUUGUUCCAUUAUGCUUGUUGGACCACACCAAUCUUUUGUUGCUAUUCCAGUACACCGAACAUCUUCACUCAGCCACUGAUGCUUAUAAAAUGAUUGAUUGUUCAGCAUCAGUGGAUAAAAUUUAAUUUUUUAUGAAUCCUAGGGACACUUCGGAACCAUGUGUGGAUAGAAGUUGCUCCGGUGACAUUAUUGCUGAUGACAAAGCAUCCAGCAGCAGCUUUGAGUUUAAGCUCAGCCCAGGAUCUUCAGGAUCGAGAUUAUUGUCACAAACGAUUCUUGCAGGGUUGAAUCUAGAUGGACCAGUCAAUCAAGUUCAAGGUCAAAAUAUCUCACAAUUAUCUGUCCCUACUUCAAUUUCUCUGUCAGACAAGCAACGCAGCUCAGAGGAACUGAAUACAUCUACAGCUACAGAUAUGCCUGAAUCUGUGUGUGGUAAAGUUGAAGAACUCGCCCAGGAUGGAUGGUCAAAUUCGAGCAAUGCCACGCAGUCAUCUGACCAAAAAUAUAGCAUCUCCUUAACUGCAGCUACCAAAAGAACUGAUGAGGGGUAUAACUGGAGAAAGUAUGGACAAAAGGUGGUUAAAGGAAGCGAGUUCCCACGUAGUUAUUACAAGUGUACAUAUCCUAACUGUGAGGUGAGAAAGAUCUUCGAACAGUCCCCAAGUGGACAAAUAACAGAAAUUGUUUACAAAGGUUCACAUGAUCACCCAAAACCUCAACCCGCCAGGCACCACAAUCCAGGUUCCCUUAUGUCCAUGCAUGACAAGGCAAUGGACAGAACUGUUUCUGAGUUCACCAGUCAAGAUGAUAACUUGAACACUAAUAUUAUGGAGCAAAAUUUCUCUCCGAGAAAAUCUCCUUGUCAAGGAAGUAAAGGUUUUACUGGUCCAGAAUCCCAAAUCCAGGGCAUGAAUGAUGAUGAUCAAUUCUCCAAGCUGAGGAAAAUAGAAGAUGGACUGGAUUAUACCCCAGUCGUUAAGCCAAUUCGCGAGCCACGAGUUAUAGUUCAAACCAUGACUGAGGUUGAUAUCCUGGAUGAUGGAUAUCGGUGGCGCAAGUAUGGACAGAAAGUUGUUCGUGGAAAUCCAAACCCAAGGAGUUAUUACAAGUGCACAGUUGCUGGAUGCACUGUGAGGAAGCAUGUGGAAAGAGCCUCUCAUGACCCUAAGUCUGUUCUAACAACAUACGAGGGCAAGCAUAAUCAUGAUCUCCCAACUUCCAGGCCCACCAGCCAUGAAUUCUCAGCAGCUGCAUUCUAUGGUCGACCUUCAAAUGCCAUGGUAGAAGGGAGUAGCAGUAGCAGUGCAUUCGGCCUCCAUCUUGGUGUUGGAAAUCCAUUUUGUCAGCACUCCAGCUAAUGUGCAGGAAAUCAAAUUCUGUAGCAAACUACAUGGGAAGAUACACACCCUCAUCCAAGAUCCAACUAACUAUUUAUUGACCAUGAUCCUAUGUUCUUGAAGAUGAUGCUUUUCUUACAGUGGUUUCCCAGGAAUGGCUUAUUUGUAGCAAAUUCUAAAUAUGGCCCGACGAUACUCGGUGCCGUGAGUGAUUAAACGAAGGAACAAAGCAUUAGAAAGCAUGUGGUUGGUUGCCACCAGGAAUGUGCUGUGUUUCUAAAUAAAAUUCUUGACAAGAGUAUGGAAUUUAUAGUAAAGGUUAUUAAGCAUAGACAAUUCAACUACUCUUAUCCACUGAGACAAAUACCAAAACCUAAUUUGCAUAUCCAUAACUGAAAACAAAGCAUUCAAAUAUUGUAGCCAUUAAAGCAGCAAUUUUGACAUAUCUUAAUUUAUUUCAGAACAGCUUCAUAAUCAUGAUAUAUAUAUAUAUAUACACACUAUAUAUAAUCAAAACUCAUAACAUCAAAGGCUAAAACCUCCCCUGCAACUGCCAAUGGCAGAUUCCUACCAGAACUUCAAACACGAAUAAACAAACGCCAAUUUGAAGCGCCUAGAAACAAUCACUUCUUGUACUUGGCAACCUCUCCUUCAUUGGGGAAGAACCCCAUGAGUCUGCCGGCGGAAUUCUGGUACGCGUACAUGAACCC